AUGAGCGGUCGGCACCCCAUAAGUCAAAAGUUUUUAUCGGACACGAGUGGCGACGACUGGCGGCGUAUACGUGAGAUAGUGUCGCCCACAUUCACCACCGGAAAGAUAAGUAAAACAUACGCGCACUGUUUGCGUGAUUAUGCGCAACAUUUGGACAGCGCAUGCGCCGAGAAUAAUGCGCAGCUCGACGUACUGACCUCUAUGGGCGCCUACGCUAUGGACUUAAUAGCCAGGGUAACUCUUGACAUUGAUAUUGAUGCAUAUAAUAGUCAACGUGUCAGUCCGUUUGUUACCAUGGCAAAUAAAGCGGUAGAAUCAGGGUUGGUUAAAAAUUUGUCCAGGCUAAUAUUUCCGAAAUGGAUAUUGUGGGGAACGGGCGAUCAGAGUGCGCGAGAUUUUUUCGUAAACACGGUUCGGGAGGUUAUGGCUAAUCGGCGCCAAAUGGACGAUAAAAGGAAUGAUUUUAUGAAACUGCUUAUGGAUGCGGAACUACCUAUGGAUAGGGCGGACAGCGCUGUCACUACUGAUUGUGAAUAUGGUGACCAAGGCGGUCAUGUUUCUGGUGGCCGGGUAUCACUCCACAGCGUCUACCUAACAUUUCUGACAUACGAAUUAGCGCUUAACCCGUCCGUUCAACAGCGCCUAUACCUUGAGCUCAUGGAUGCCAUCGAUCCGGACACCGGAGACAUUCCAUACGAUCGGUUGCCACGACUACCCUAUUUAGACGCCGUCCUUUCGGAGACCCUACGACUGCACACGGGACAACAGGUGGACAUACCUAUACACGCCAUACACCACUGCGCGGACUUUUACCCGGACCCGGAGCAUUUUAACCCGAAUAGAUUUAUGCCGUGUAACAGGCAUUUGGUUGAGCCCUACACAUACCUGCCCUUUGGGGCCGGGCCUCGCAAUUACAUUCGGUUCGCGUUACUCGAGGUUAAGGCGGCCGUCGCCCACAUUGUAUGGCGUUUCCGGUUCUAUAGGACCGCUCACACGGAGGUUCCCGUUCGGCAUAAAAGGUCCUUCCGGUUGACAUUUCCCGACAGUGUUUGU